AUGAGUGAGAAAAGAGGCACAUACGGCUAUGUCGACCCAAACUUCGUCAACCCCGGAGGAAGAUGGGACACGCCAGUAAUAAUCUACGGCUACACCCCAUCCUUUGUCCUCACUGUCCUCGCCGACGCUCUCUUCCUCCUCCUCCUCCUCGUCCACACGUGGCAGGUCAUCCGCUACCGCAGCUGGUACUUCGUCACCUUCCCCAUUGGCCUCCUAUUCGAAAUCGUCGGCUACGUCGCCCGCUCCCUCUCCGCCAAAGCCAACCCGUAUAACCUCAUCUACUUUAUCCUCAACUACUUCUUCAUUGUCACGGCACCAGUCUUCCUCUCCGCCGGUAUCUACACGAUUCUCUCCGCGCUCAUCCACCGUCUCGGGAGACAGUUCUCGCCGUUGCCGCCCAAGGUGGUCUUGUGGUUCUUCAUCACGUCGGACGCCAUCGCGACCAUUACGCAAAUCUCGGGUGCCGCGUUGAUCGGAGUCAAGCAAUCACGCCGCGAGGACCCGACCACUGCCAACAACAUUUUGCUCGGAGGCCUCGCGUACCAGGUCUUUUCCAUCGGAUGCUUCGUCAUCACCACGUCGAUUUUCCUCUUCCGCGCUAAAGCCUCAAUCAGGGAGCACAGGCAUACAACAUUUGUGGCUGUGUUUUCGGCGGCGACGUUGCUCAUUUACCUACGGACCUGCUUCCGUCUUGCCGAGACUGCGGAGGGUCUUGGGGGAUAUCUCUACUCGAACGAGGUCUUCUUUGGCGUGCUCGAGUUUGCACCCGUGGUCUUGGCGGUGAUUCUGCUCUCUAUCUGGCACCCGGGCAGAUAUGUGGCAAAGAAGGUCUCAGGGGACGUAAACGACGCUGAAAAGGCAAGAGUCCGCAGUCACGAGUCUAUUCAAAAAUAG